AAUAUAUAUGUAUGUAUGUUAUAUUCAUGUAUUAGAAAAGUAGUGCAUAGCAAAUAUAUUGAGAAUGUCCAUAUGAAUUAUGUGUAUGGAAAACUAUCAGCUUCAACUCGGUAGGUGCAGCUUCGAUCUAUUAGCUCUUUAUACUAAGGCAGAGACUUCUGGUACCAUUGAAUCAUCAUCUUAAAGUUCUGAAUCAAUGCCAUGCAUCUUAAUGUGCCGCUCUUCAGUCCUUGUCAGAUGCUGAGGAAGGAAUGGGUAACAGGCGAGCAUGAGAGGGUAGAUGGAAAACUUGCUAGACUGCCUAAUUCGUGGAACAGGCAUUCUCCCACGCUAUCCCAUUCGCAGCCGAAUCUCCCAAGCUUAGACUUCAUUUUUCUGGCAUUUUGGUGGUAAAGAAUACCAAAUUGCCUCCUUCACCACUUUAUUUCCAGCUGAUUUCUGAUUUUAAAAACAGGGAACCAGCCCCGAACUGCAUAGAUACAGCUAAAUUAUCAUCCUGUAACAUCACAGUAUCAAUUUUUCAUCUUCAAUUUAUUACCCUAUCAUGUUUUUGCUCCUAACAACAUGCUCAAGUGUUUACUAAGCCAAACUCGCAAGGUUAGCCUGUAAUCUUAUGUUAUCUCAUCUUUGCAUCAUUCCUUUUUCCCGUCAGACUACGUUCCCAAAACAAUUAAAAACGACAUUACGUUAAGAUCUGUCAAGUUAUCUAUGUCCCAUGUGUUCGUUUUACACACGCUCAAUCUCCCUUCAAACUUCCCAAUUACCCAACAAAAAACCAGCCAAAAAAGAUUUCCUUUCCUUUUUCUGUGGUAUUGAUGCCGUGUCCGUUUCCUAUUGGAGGCGUCGAAUCUGUGACCGAACCCUGAUUUCCAUAUGGCCUUUCGCCGAUGAUUCGACGAGGAAGACACAGGGAUUAGACACAUGGAGCAGCCAAAUUCUCCAGCGACUGGGCAGGUUGACCUCAGAGAUUGUAUCGAUCAGCUCUUGAAGUUCGUUCUCGAAUCUCACAUCGACAAAACCUUGGAAUUGGAUAUCGGGCUUUCGAGGGACUACUGCUGCAAUCUCCUCAGAGAGGAUUCUCGAGAUCAAGGAGGAGUUCCUCCCUCUCCUUCAUACAAGCGCCUUGCCUUGCUUCUACACGAGUUAAUAACUGGUAUGAAGUUGUGUGGGACGAGUGGGGCAGCAUGGAGGGAAAUGCUUGCGGACAAGGGAUCUGAGCUUCUAGAUGUUUUCAAGGCUAUCAACUUUGAGCUUCAUGUUCAAGAGCCUUAUUUUACGCAAUUAAAAGAUGGGUUGAAAACAAUUGAAGGAAGAUGUGCUACUGGAAAUUACAAACGGAUUGCAGCAGGAGCUUUAAUUCUUUUCAACAAAUGUUUGGUACUAGAGGUUGAGGAUGUUCAUUCAUAUAACUCAUUUUCUGAGAUGCUGGUAGCAGAGGGUCUCCAAAAUGUCCUUCCAGGGGUCAAAACAACUGAAGAAGGUGUAAGUGUUUACAGGAACUUUUACACAGAAGAGAAGGAAAGAUCUAAUGGCGUGGUAGCAAUUGGUGUGACAAAACCAGCUUCCCAGCCGUACAACAUAUUGGCUUCAAUAAUAUCUAAACUAAGUUACAGCGGCAUUGAAAGCAUCUUGUCUUGAGUAACACCUCUCAUGAUAGACCCGGCUGGUUUCAGUUCUUAUCGUAUCGACCCUCCCCGCAGUCUCAACUUGCCAAGGUCAGAGAUUUCAGAUUUGUGUUCCCUUCCUCUUUGUUCGCGGAAAAAACAAUCAAGAAAUUUCGGAAUCAAAUCUGUACAAUAAAUUAUAGAUAUUAGUGUACUUCUAUUGAACAAUAAAACUAUUGAAUAUAGUUUUAGUUCUCUGGUUCCUUCUUUUCUAAA